AUGGCGAAACGAACUCUUGAUGGUUUUUUCUCAUCUAAGUCCAAGAAGCCAAAAGUUGAGGCACUAUCUUCUACCACCAGUCAGCCUGCGCUAAACCCCUCCGCCUUCACCAGUCAUUCAACUUAUGCGUGGCCAAUUCCGCAGCUGCCAUCAUAUAUCGCAGCAGAGAUAGAAACACAGGUAACUGCAGAAGGCAAAGCGAUCAAUGACCAGCCACACCUAGAUCUUCUAUAUUUCCAACCAUUCAUUCCAAAGUCGACCGAGCGGGAGCUUUUCGAGUUCCUGCGCUCAGAGCUCUUCUUCUAUCGGGUCAAGUACACGAUCAACCGGUUUGGAAAGGAAACCGUGAUCAACACCCCUCGCUUUACCACCGUAUUCGGAAUCGAUGAGACUAGUCGUUUCGUCGAUGAUGGGAAACGCAUCGUCGAAGCUUCCGAUCCCUCCAAGACAGUUCGCGCUGACAAGUACAAGUGCAAGCCCCGACCAAUUCCAGAAUGUCUGGAUUUCCUGCGUCGUGUGACUGAAGCCAACACGGACACACAAUAUAACUUCUGUCUGGUAAACUACUAUGCCACUGGCAAUGAUAGCAUUUCGUACCAUAGCGAUGACGAACAUUUCCUUGGACCGGACCCAGCCAUCGCAUCAUUCACUCUGGGUGCGAAACGGGACUUUCUCAUGAGACACAAACCUCCCAAGGACGACGGGCCAGUGUUAGAGACGAAGGACUUGAAGCUCCCUUUGGCGAGCGGUGAUAUGAUCAUAAUGCGUGGUAAAACUCAGUCGAAUUGGAUGCAUAGUAUUCCUAAGCGGAAGGGCGCUGAGGCUGACAGGGGUCGUAUCAAUAUCACCCUGAGGCGAGCGAUGGCCCCUGCUGGUACGGAGAAUUACUACCGAUACAAUGUCGGCGAUGGCGGAGUGUAUAAGUGGGACAGGGCCAAGAAAGAGAUGGUCUCCUGGAAUACCUCGGAGGCGGUCGGAUGA